CUUCCUUUACUGCCACCACCACCAAUACUUUCACCACCGCUUGUACUACCACCAUCACCUAUACUCCCACCACCUCCUCUACCACCAACCCUACCGCUAUUACCACUGCCACCUCUACUUAAACUGACACUCUACUGCCAUGGCCACAUCUAUAGUCACUGCUACCUCUACUGUCACCACCACCUUUACUGCCACCGCUCCUUCACUGCCACUGUUACCUGCACUGCCACUGCCACCUCUGCUGUCACUUUCACCUCUACUGCCACCUUUACAGAUACUGACACCACCAUCUUUACCUCCACUGCCACCCCUACUGCCACCAUGACCUCUACUGUCACCUCUACUUCUACUACCACAGCCACAUCUAAUGCUUUCAAACCUCUACACUCUACCACCUCUACUUCUACAAGACCUCUACUACCACUGCCAACUCUAGUGCCAGCACCACCAGUACUGUCACCACCACCCAUAUUAUCACCAUCACCCUUGCUACCACCACCACCUCUAAUGCCACUACUACCUCAAUGGCCACAUCCAUUGCCACCAUCACCCAUACUACCAUCAAAACCCAUACUGCAACCACCACCACUACUUCCACCACCACCUCUACUGCCAGCACCACUUCUAUAGCCACUGCUACCAAUACUGCCACUACCACCCCUGCAGCCACCACUUCUACUGCCACUGCCACUUCUACUGUUGCCACCUCCUAUACUGCCAGAGCCAUCUAUACUACCACCGCUAACUCUACUGUCACAACCACUUCUACUGCUACAACCACCCAUGCUGCCACCACCACCUCUACUGCCACAGCAACAUCUACUAACACAACCUCUCCAUCCACCACCUCCUUUACUGUCAAAACCACCUCUACUGCCACCACCUCCUCUACUGUUACCACCACUCGUACUUCCACCACCACCUCUACUGCCACCAACAUGUCUGCUGUCACCAUCACCUAUUCUACUACCUUCAUCCAUACUGCCACCAACACGUAUACUUCCACGAAAACCUCUACUGCAACCAAAACCUUUACUGCCACCACCAUCUCUACUGCCACUGCCAUCUUUACUUCCACUGCCACCCUUACUGCUACUAUGAUCUCUACUGCCACCCCACUCCUACUGCCACCGCUACCUUUAUUGCCUUGCCACCUUUACAAUCUACCACCUCUAAUUAUGCACUUCUAAUGCCACUGCCGCCUCUACUGUCACCACCACCCAUAUUACCACCAUCACCCUUGCUGCCGUUACCACUUCUAAUGCCACCACUACCUCUACAGCCAACUCCCUUGCCACCACCACUA